AUGAUGCUUAGAAAGCUGAAGCCAUUGAGUUGGGCAUCGGUGGGCUACGUACAUGAAGAAACUGGAUUCUUGUUGCGGGACUUGUACAACUUCUUUGCAAGGUACAAGAAGGAGAGAGUUGAAGGUAGGGAUACAGAAUUUGUUCUAAAAUAUAUGGGAGGAAAGCAAGAAGAAGAUCCAGAGUAUUUCUUCAAGUACAGUGUGGAUGAUGAAGGGCAUCUGAAAAAAAAAAUUUGGGCAGAUGCACAGUCUCAGAUUGACUAUCACGUCUUUGGGGAUGUCAUUGUUUUCGACAGCACUUAUCGUGUGAACCGGUAUAACCUCCUGUUUGUGCCUUUCAUUGGUCUUAACCAUCAUCGCAGUACGGUUGUGUUUGGGUGUGGGAUCAUUUCGGACGAGAGUGUAUCUUCCUAUGUUUGGUUGCUUGAGGCAUUUUUGGAGGCUAUGCGACAGCAUCAUCCAGAGUCGAUCAUCACAGAUGGGGACAUUGCAAUGGCACGUGCCAUUGAGAUUGUUAUGCCUGAGGCAGAUCACCGGCUGUGCAGUUGGCACAUAGAGCAGAAUAUGAUUCAUCGCCUCCGCGGGGAGAAGCUUAGCGAAUUUAGAAAGUUCGUGUACCAUCCCAUGACAGUUGAUAAUUUUGAGAAACAUUGGAUGGAGUAUAAGGAGAAUUAUGGAAUCUCAGAAGAAGACAUAUGGAUGGUGAUGAUGUAUGAUCUUAGAAAGAAGUGGUCCACAGCAUACACUAAAGGGAGGCAUUUCUUGGGCAUGCAGAGCAAUCAAAGAAGCGAGAGCCUGAACUCAAGGCUUCACAAGCAUCUGGACCGAAAGAUGUCACUCGUUGAUUUAGUGGAUCACUAUGAGUUCUCCCUAUCACGGAUCCAUAGGAAUGAAGCUGAGCUUGAUGCAAAGGCUUCACUGUCAAUCCCAUUCACUAGGAUGUCCGCUGACAUUUUUGAGAAAAAGGCGGCCUGUAUUUACACACCAAAGAUGUUCAAGAAGGUCAGGGAGCAGAUCAGGCGACUAUGUCAAUGGGAAGUUAAAGAGGUGACUCCGGAAAAUGGUCUUGUAAAGUAUGGAGUUGGAUCCGAAGGUGUCAGGGAAGACUUGGUUUAUGUCAUAUGUAUUUUUGAUGGCUCAUUGAUGAAGAAUGCUUCUUGCUAUUGCCAACUGAUGGAGGGCGAAGCCAUCCCGUGCGCACACAUAUUUGCUGUUAUGAGGUUUCUUGGUUUUGAUAACAUUCCAAAAUGUUGUGUUGUGGAGAGGUGGACAAUUCAAGCGAAGAUUGCAUUUCCAUCUGAUAGGGUUACCAAUACCCAUGUGCGAUCGGAACAGAUGGCUCGUUUUCGUGGCCUCCAAAACAAGGCUAAUCUUGCUUUAUUCAAAGCUUCAAAGAGUGAAGAGCAGUCAGAGAGGGUGAUGCGAUUCUUGGAUGAGGUUUUGGAGGAAGGUGAAGAGGAUGAUGGUAGCAUGGAGGCAACAUCGUUUGGGCUUUUGCCAGCACACUUUUCAGGGGCGAACCAACGAUUUGCAACCGAAGUCCUUGAUCCAAAUAAGAUUGUUGCGAAAGGAGCUCCAUCUAAUAAGAGACUGAAUAGAUUCCAUGAAAGCUGUGGUAUUGGGAGAAGUUUUGUGUACAUGAACUUGAUCCAACCAGUUUUGCCACUGGACGCGAUAGACCACUUAUUCAGUAUUGGACAGAAGAAAGGGCAAGAAUACGAGGAGAUAUUACAAAUGGAUACGGACAGGGCGAGGGAAAAUACGCAAGCUAUUCAAUCAAUAAACAAACGCUUUGAUGCCUUCAUGAAAGGAUGCCAGAGUGAGAGGCAAAGAGAAGCAGCCAAGUCUCACAACCUGCAAACAUCGGAUGCGUUACAAAAUGAUGAACCUGGUGUUAAGAAGAACCAACCAGAUGGGAAAAAAGAUAAAAAAAAUAAAGACAUACACAAAGCGGUUAUCAAUGCCCCGGAGCGUCAAAUACAUGUAUUGGACUCUAGUGGUCCUGGGAACCGUGACAACCUAACAGAUGUGGAGGAAAUCAGGAAAUUUAGGGAGCAAUUACCGGUCCUGUUGGUCAAAUCUCCCCUGAAUGUUAUCGAUAUAACCAAAGGCAAUGCACCUAGCUCACAAAGUGAUGCACAAGAGGGCGAUGAAGAUGAUGGACUCGUUAUAGAUAAACCUAUUCCUCCUACGCCUUAA